AUGGCCGCCGCGGCCGCCGCCGCAACUAGCGCGCCGGGCUCGGAGGACGAGGGCGGCAGCGGCUCGGGCGCGCCGGGCUCCGAGCCGGACUGGGAGGAGGAACUGGAGUUGCUGCUGGAGCGGCUGGGGGCCGCCGAGCGCGCGCCCGGCGCUGCCGCGAGUGGGGGCUGCAAGGUGGUAUACUUCGUUCGCCACGCGCAGUCCAUGUCCAACCACUACAGCCACAGGAUCUCGCUCCUGCAGCCAUGGGCGGCGUGCCAGCUGUGCGCGGUCGGCGUGGACUCGGCGCUGUCCGAGGAGGGCAGGGCGGAGCUCGGCAGCGUCCGCGCCGCGUGCCAGGCGCUGCUGCCAGAGCUGCAGGCGGUGCUGCACUCGCCGCUCCGCCGCGCGGAGGAGACCGCCGCAGCGCUCUUCGGCGCGGAGGACGCGGCCGAGCCCGGGGGGUUCCUGACGGGCGGCCCGGGCGACGCGGUGCCAUGGCAUUCGGUGCAAUGCCUGAAGGAGGAGACCCUGGAAGAGCACGCUCAGGAGCCAGGCUUCAACGUGUUCGCUGGGCCGCGCGUGAGGAAGGACGCGUACACGUCGUCCCGGGACCUGCAGCGCCGGCUGGAAGGCUUCUUGUCGUUCGUGUGGCGGUGCCCGCUGGAGCGCUUCGCCGUGGUGGGCCACUCGCUGUGGUUCCGCAGGGAUAUGAAGUUCUCGAAGAGCGAGCUGCUCAUUCGAUCGUCGCCGCUGUGCGGUUCCAGCUGGCCGGGCGAUGAGGUGGAGUACAUGGCCUCCGUGUUGGGCCUGAUCACGCAACUGCCGCAAGUGACCUGGCAGCUGCACCUGACGGCUGGGGAGUCCAUCCUCCAGGUUGGCCGGAACAACGCCGUGAUGGAGUUCUUGUCCACGGACGCCACGCACCUCCUCUUCCUAGACGCGGACGUGGGCUUCGAGGCAGAGACGGUGUGGGGCCUGCUAGCGGAGGACAGGGACGUCGCGCUUGCCAUGUACCCAUCCAAGAGCUUCAACGAACGGAAGAUGGUAGAGGCACUGUGGAGCACCGAGGCCACGGCUGGCAGACGGGCUCGAAUUCAGGCUCCGCGCCGACCCCCAGAGGCUGCGCGAAGCAGCGCGGAGCGGCGCGCGCUUCCUGGAGGUCGAGGCUGGGCCCGCCGGGUGCAUGCUCAUCAGGCGCAACGUCUUCGACGAGCUCAGAGCUGCGUAUCCCGAUAUGCACUGUUCGAUCUCUGGCUCUCACGCUGGCAGAUCGGUGCACCGCGAGGUGUGGUGGCAGUUCUUCGACACGAUGGUCACCGGUGACGGCGAGUUCCUCACGGAGGAGUCCUACCUCGAGCUCUUUGGCAACCUGUGGCCUAUUUCUACCUAUAGUUAUGUCGCUGCACGGUGCUGGUGUCGAGGCAAAGCCCGACCGCGAGCCCGAGCCAAAGUUUACACGGGAUUCAUUCGAUGAUUUGAAGAUCCAUGGGCCUGCGUGCCCAAUUUUGUGCUCAUCCCGAGCUGGAGCAUGCCAGUGGCCCCAGUGUUGCUCGCGCCCCUCAUCUGUGAGCCGCCGAUGUAGUGCAGACUCCCAGUCACGCCGUCGUGGCCGAGAGUAUGCCUGCAGGAGCUGGCCUCAGUUCGUCCCUGGGAGCUGCUCAUGGUUCGGCCUCCCAUGGCCACGCCGUCGUGGAUAUGGGAACGCGGCCCGAGGUAGGACCCAGUAGGGUGGAGCUCCCAUCGAUGCAGGUGGUGUCGGAGUCUGUCAGUGCUUUCACGUGGAAUCUUUCAGCACCUGGGUUUCACUUGUCUGACUGUAGCGUGCAGGCGGCAGCACCGCCUACUGACCAUCGGCCGUGGGUUUGGAACACUGACGCACCGAUUAUCACAUUGCCACAGUACGCGCCGUCCAUCACUUGGGUUGGCGGACGGGACUCAUAUAGGAUGUAUCUGUCGCGCGCUCGGAGAAUCCGUCUUUGCACGGGAUGUGGCUACUUCGCUCACUCUCCGAUGAGAGAGUUAUCCAAGCCGCGUGCGAACAAUAUUGCUCCUCACAGGGAGGAGCAUUACUGCAGAUUUGCCCGAGGGUGAGCGGCCCAAGCUUCUGAGCAAGGCUGAGCAGCAGCGCCGCUCCUAGUUCCUUCGUCGACCACCACGUGGGAUAGCUCGCGACUCGCAACUCCUCGUCCAUAUC